AUGUUAGCAUCGCGGCGUUUGUUCAGAAGUAGCAUUACUUACCGAGCAUUGCACAGCUCUAUCCGUAGGGCCGAUGCCGUUGUUAUUUCCGGUACCAAAUUGGCUAAGGCUAUAAGAACCGAUAUUGCUGAGAAGGUUGUUGACUAUAACAAGAAGCACUUUAAUAGCGAACAGUUGAGAUUCAAGCCAUCAUUGACUAUCAUCCAAGUCGGUAAUAGACCUGAUUCAUCUGCUUAUGUCCGAGCUAAACUCAAGGCAGCUGAGUCUUCCAACAUUGUAUCCAACUUAUUGAAGUUUGAAGCCGACAUCAAUGAAGAAACGUUAUUGGAAGAGAUUGACCGUUUGAACAAAGACCCUAAAGUUAACGGGUUAUUGAUUCAAUUGCCCUUACCUAAACAUAUCAACGAAACAUUGGUCACUAAUUCGGUUGCAACGGAAAAGGAUGUCGAUGGUUUUGACAGAUACAACGUUGGAGAACUAUCCAAGAGAGGAGGGAACCCAAUGUUCAAGCCUUGUACUCCUAAUGGAUGUAUGGAGCUCAUAAAACAAUCAGGAAUCUCACUUAGAGGUAAGAGAGCUGUGGUUAUUGGUAGAUCCGACAUUGUGGGUACUCCAGUAGCUGCUAUGUUAAGAAAUGAAGAUUGUACUGUUACCGUAUGUCAUCGUCAUACCCAAGACUUGCCAGUGAUUGUUCUGGAAGCAGACAUUGUGGUUGCUGCUGUUGGUAUGGCUGAAUACGUCAAGGCUGAUUGGAUCAAACCAGGAGCCAUUGUCAUUGAUGUUGGGAUCAACUAUAAGCAAGAUUCCACUGCUAAAUCCGGUAGGAAGUUAGUAGGUGACGUUGACUAUGAAGAAGUGGCCAAGAAGGCUGGGUUUAUUACUCCAGUCCCUGGUGGAGUUGGUCCAAUGACCGUGGCCAUGUUAUGUUCCAAUGUCUAUGAUAGUGCUGUCUUACAAGCUAAGAAAGCCCAUGAACAUGCAUUCAAACCAUUACCCUUGGAAUUGAAGGACCCUGUGCCUUCUGACAUUGAUAUUUCCAGAGCACAAAAACCCAAAAAGAUCACCAGAAUUGCUAAAGAACUUGGGAUCUUGGAGGCUGAAUUGGAGCAGUAUGGCCAUUUCAAGGCAAAGGUCAACCCAAAGGCCGUUAUUGAAAGAUUAGAUGAACAAAUUGAAGGUUCAACCCAAGAAAUUGGUAAUUAUAUCUUGGUGGCUGGUAUUACUCCAACACCAUUAGGUGAAGGUAAGUCCACCACUACUAUGGGAUUAACCCAAGCUUUAGGAGCCCAUUUGGGUUAUAAUUCUAUUGCCAAUGUCAGACAACCAAGUAUGGGACCAACCUUCGGAGUUAAGGGUGGUGCAGCUGGAGGUGGAUAUGCUCAAGUGAUUCCAAUGGAUGAAUUCAAUAUGCAUUUAACUGGUGAUAUCCAUGCCAUAUCUGCAGCUCAAAACUUAUUAUGUGCUGCUGUGGAUACUAGAAUGUUCCAUGAAUACACUUCCAAGAGCAUCAAGGGGUUCUAUAACAGACUUGUGCCUGCCAAAAAGGGAGUCAGAACCUUCACCCCUUCAAUGCUCAAAAGAUUGCAAGCCUUGGGCAUCCCCAAGACCAACCCUAACGAUUUGAACGACUCAGAAAUCGAAAGCUUUGCCAAAUUGGAUAUAGACCCAGACACCAUCACCAUCAAGAGAGUUGUGGAUUGUAACGACAGAUUUGUACGGGAAAUGACCAUUGGUGAAGGUAAGAACGAAGCCUCCAAGUUCCCUCCCAGAAAGUCAGGUAUGGAUAUCACCGUUGCCUCGGAGAUAAUGGCCAUCUUGGCAUUGUCAAGCUCAUUGAAGGACUUGAGACAAAGAGUUGGAAGAAUAGUCGUCGGUACCCAAAGAGAAACCGGUGUACCAAUCACUGCUGAAGAUAUUGGAUGUGCUGGAGCUAUCACUGCUCUUUUGAAGGAUGCCUUCAAACCAAACUUGAUGCAAACUGUGGAAGGAACACCUGUUUUCGUUCACGCUGGACCCUUUGCAAACAUCUCCAUUGGGGCCUCGUCUAUUAUUGCUGAUAAGUUAGCUUUGAAGUUGACUUCGCCCUCCAAUCCCAUCAACAACCAACAAAAGGGGUUCGUGGUCACCGAGGCCGGGUUCGACUUCACCAUGGGUGGCGAACGGUUCUUUAACAUCAAAUGUAGAGCGUCGGGAUUUAAGCCCAAUGCCGUGGUUCUUGUGGCCACAUCCAGAGCUUUGAAAUUACAUGGCGGUGCUCCCGAUGUUAAGCCCGGUCAACCAUUACCGGAAGAAUACGUUACGGAGAAUUUGGACUACUUAAAGAAAGGUUGUGCUAACUUAGCUAAACAAAUUGCAAACAUUAAACAGUAUAACGUUCCUGUGGUCGUGGCUGUGAACCAAUUCGAGACCGAUACACCCUCGGAAUUGGCCUUGAUCCAACAAGAGGCCCUCAACGCCGGUGCGGACUUUGCAGUUCCCUCUAACCAUUGGGCUAAAGGUGGAGCGGGAGCUGUGGACUUGGCUAAAGCCGUGGUCGAAGCCGCCAAGGUCUCGGAACAAGAUAGAACCCCCAAGUUCUUGUACGAUGUCAACAAAUCUGUCGAAGAAAAACUUACAACCAUCGCCAGAGAAAUGUAUGGUGCAGCUAACAUCGAGUUAUCUCCGUUGGCUAGACAACAAGUGGAAACUUACACAAAACAAGGCUUUGAUAAGUUGCCUAUUUGUAUUGCAAAGACCCAAUACUCUCUUUCUCAUGAUCCAUCCUUAAAGGGAGUUCCUACAGGGUUCACUGUUCCUAUUCGGGAAGUCAGAUGCUCUGCUGGUGCCGGCUACUUGUAUGCCUUGGCCGCAGAGAUCAUGACCAUCCCCGGGUUACCAACACACGCCGGGUUCAUGAAUGUUGAAGUCAAUGACGAUGGAGAAAUCGAGGGUUUGUUUUAG